AUGGCCGUCAUCUUUGAUGAUGCAGUAAAGAGGUUACUCAGACAGGUGGGGAAAGAAGAUCUGAAACCAGUUACCAAUCUUGGAAGUGCUGAGAAAUUCCAAUAUUUUAAAAUAUUACGGAGCAAGAAGAAUGCACUCUCAUCAUUUUGGAAACAACCCGACAUUUCGGCUGAAUUCUCCCUCCUGGAUAUCCUGGACCCAAGUUCUCCAGUCCCAGAUCCUUCCAGAGAAGGCCCAUUCACCUACAAAGGCAAUAUGGUCUGGGAAGGAAAGGGUGAUAUGACUGUUGAUGCAGGUCUUGGGGCACAAGUGACAGCAUCAGCGGAGACUGAUAAGUCACGUGAAUUUGUUCUCGAGUUUCAGAUUAAUAGGAUCACAACAAACAUCAUUUCAGACCUUCGUUCAAGGGCACUUUUAAAACCAGAGCCAUGGUUUCUGGAACAAUGUCGAAAACGAGGAGAUAACCUAUAUGUGGUGACAGAAACUGUGGAAGUGACCAACGCUCCUGAGCUGAGAGUUGAAAGUGGUAGGAAUUGGUUGGGAAAAUUCUCCAUUCCACAGAACCCUUAUAUCAAGGGUCAAGGCCACGUACAUGGUGUCAAGAAGAAACAAGAAUCACUGACUUUACCACAGCUUAAGGUUAUGGCAUAUCAGAAGAAGCAGCUGGUUAUCAAGUGGGAUGGCUGGGAGAUUCUUCUCACCGAAGAUAAAAAUCAGAAGACCUUUUCUGAUGAUUUUAAGAAACUACAAGAUGAGAUUUCCAGAAGAGUGAAAGAACUAUCCAAUUUUUCAAAGGAUAUUCAGGAUAUUUUAUUCCAUAAUAUUUUGGUCAUGCUUGGAGAUCGAGGGGCUCUUCAGGACCUGCAGGACAACAUGGAACAGUUUCCCCAGGGUGAUUUGGAUGGCCCUGGUGGAAUAAUUCUAAAAGAACUGAGAAAGAACUUACAAAAUUCAUGGAAUUAUCGACUAUCCUGCAUCUCUUAUAUGCUUGAAGCCUUGAUGGUGCUGAAUGACACCCAACAGGAGCUGCUGGCAUGGUCCAUGGAGAAGAAGAUCCUGGUUUAUCAGCGGGAGCUGGUAAGGAGUAUCUUGGAGCCCAACUUCAAAUACACUUUGACAAUUCCAUUCACCCUUAAACCAGAGCUUCUUACCCCACUGCAGGAUGAGGGUGUGACUAUCACCUACAAACUGCUGGAGGAGUGUGGCCUGAAGAUUGACCUAAAUAGCAAUAGGUCAUUCUGGGAUCUGGAAGCCAAGAUGCCACUGUCAGCCCUGUACGGAUGCCUCUCACUGCUUCAGCAGCUGGCUGUGGCCUGA